AAAAUAUGUAAGAGAUUGAUUGAUAAACACCUUCCCCGCCAAGUCUAUGUGUAGGGGGAUCGAAAGCUGGCUUUUACUAUACCGUGAGGACGCGUAAAAGGACGAAAUCAAAGAAUUCAAGCCUUGCUUUGAGAGUUUCAUUGAUAAUUACGUGCAAAUUUACUUAGUGAAGAUUUCCAUUGAAGUUUGCUCAAUAAUCGGGUGAAAAGUUGUUGAAAUUGAACAUCUUUAGUAAUUUGUAGUACUAAAACCAGCAAUGUUUGGAGCCAUAAGACAUCAAAUUCGUAAAUCUUCGACUUCCACAGUGGUACGAAAUGACUGGACGCGUGAACAAAUUAGUGAAAUUUAUCAUUUGCCACUUAUAGAGCUUGUAUUUAGAGCGGCUACUAUACAUCGACAAUUCCAUGAUCCUCGUAAAAUACAGCAAUGCACACUUCUUUCCAUUAAAACAGGUGGCUGCACUGAGGACUGUAAGUAUUGCUCUCAGUCUUCACGUUACAACACCGGUGUUAAGGCUACGAGGAUGAUGAAAAUAGACGAUAUUAUGGAAAAAGCUCAUAUCGCAAAAGCCAAAGGCAGCACGCGUUUCUGCAUGGGAAGUGCUUGGCGUGAUUUGAAUGGUCGAAACCGUACAUUCAAGAAUAUCUUGGAAAUUAUUACACAAGUUCGUGCUUUGAACAUGGAAGUUUGUGUAACUCUAGGCAUGUUGGAUGAGCAACAAGCCAAAGAUCUUAAAGAGGCUGGCUUAACCGCCUACAAUCAUAAUCUGGAUACUUCUCCCGAGUACUACCCUAAGAUUAUAUCUACUAGGUCGUAUGACGAACGCCUGAAUACGAUAGAUAACAUCCGUAAGGCCGGAAUCAAGGUUUGCAGCGGUGGUAUCUUGGGCCUUGGAGAAAAAGAACAAGAUCGUAUUGGCCUUAUUCAUUCUUUGGCCAAUAUGCCAUCUCAUCCCGAGUCCGUUCCUAUUAAUGCUCUCGUCCCUAUCCCCGGAACUCCCGUUGGUGACAUGGUCAAAAAACCUGUUGGCUUUCACUCCUUCCUUCGUGCGAUUGCUACUGCUCGUAUUUGCAUGCCCAAGACCAUCAUCCGGUUUUCUGCUGGCCGAACUCAAUUCUCUGAAACAGAGCAAGUGAUGGCUUUCAUGGCUGGUGCCAAUUCCGUAUUUACUGGCGAAAAAAUGCUUACAACUCCAUCCGUUACCUGGGACCAAGACAAUCAAUUGUUUCACAAAUGGGGUUUCCAUAAUUUGGAAAGUUUCGAGUAUGAAGAAGGGGCUGAGGAGCCAAACUUUACUCUUCCCCCAAAGAACCGUUUUCGUCCUGAUCAUGCUGAAGUUCUUAAGGCUGCGAGACCCGAAUUAGAGGCUCAAGGAUUGGCUGUUUAAACUUCCUAGUUUUCUCAUUCUUUGGUUUUUUUUUUUUUCUUUUAUCUUUACCUGAAGCAACCGUCUUGUCUUUUGAGUAUCUUCAUAUUCUACAAAGUUUUGGACAAGAUAAAUGCUAGAUUAAUGAAUUAAUUAUUCGUUCUUUUGAAUCAUCCCUUCAUACGUUUCGUUGUUCACGGAACAAACUUGACUUUCUUUAAGCGUGUAUCGGCUCUAAUCAAUCUCUUUUUUUUAGCUAAUUACAGUUAAAUAUAUUUUCGGCAUUGCUUAUUCUAAUAAAACAUUCACUUGCGUUUCUCAAUCC